AUGUCUGGACCCAUUCAAGAUGUUAUUGAAGAAGAUGCCGCUGACCUACAAUUUCCAAAAGAAUUCGAAAACGCUGAAACAUUGCUCAUAUCGGAAGUUGACAUGCUACUAGAACAUAGAAAAGCACAAAAUGAGUCUGCUGAGGAAGAACAGGAAUUUUCAGAAGUGUUUAUGAAAACUCUAACAUAUACAAAUAUGUUCAAGAAGUUUAAAAACAAAGAAACUAUAACUGCUGUAAGAAAUUUGUUGCAAUCGAAGAAACUUCACAAAUUUGAAGUUGCUAGUUUAGCAAAUCUCUGUCCUGAAACACCAGAAGAAGCUAAGGCACUUAUACCAUCUUUGGAAGGAAGGUUUGAAGAUGAAGAGUUAAGAAUAUUGCUAGAUGAUAUACAAACCAAGCGAAGUAUUCAAUAUUAA